AAAUUAUUUUAAUAUAAAUGGAAAACUAAAAUAUUUAGUGAACAUUACAAAACCCUAGUGCGGCCGUCUAUCUUUCACUCCUUUGUCGCCCGUAGAAGAAGUCUUUCCUCACUAUCUCUGCUUGUGCUGCUUUGUCGAAGAACGCUCGGCCUCCAAAAUCUGUGAUCGGAGAGGCUGCGUUUUUUCGACAGGGGAACAAUGGCUCUGAAAUUGUAUGCAGGGUAUCCAGGAAACAAAAAUGCAAACAAGGCUCGGAUUGUUGCUGAGUACUCUGGUGUGAAGAUUUCUAUGGUUGAAAAUUUUGAGAUGGGUGUCACAAACAAGACUCCUGAAUUUCUCAAGAUGAACCCCAUUGGAAAAAUUCCAGUCCUUGAGACACCCGAGGGUGCUGUUUUUGAGAGCAAUGCAAUUGCUCGAUAUGUUGCCAAGUUGAAGGCGGACAAUCCUCUCUUUGGUUCUACUACAAUUGAAUAUGGCCAGAUUGAACAAUGGAUUGACUUCUCAUCUUUGGAGAUUGAUGCCCCCCUCUUGAGUUACUUUAAAGCUAGGAUGGGAUGGACUCCUUAUUUCCCCGCUGUUGAGGAAGCUACACUUGCUGACUUGAAGAGAGGUCUCGGAGCAUUGAACACCCAUCUUGCCUCAAACACCUAUGUGGUCGGGGACUCCAUCACUUUAGCUGACAUUGUCGUGGCAUGUAAUCUGUACUUGGGAUUUGCCAGACUCUUGCCCAAGACCUUUACCUCUGAAUUCCCUCAUGUUGAGAGAUACUUCUGGACACUCGUUAAUCAACCAAAUUUUAAGAAGAUUCUUGGUGAUGUCAAGCAAACAGAUUCGUUCCCACCUAUCGAGUCUGCAAAGAAACCUGGUCAGCAAAAGGAGAAGGCAAAGCCCAAGGAAGCACCAAAGAAAGAAGCGAAAAAGGAGGAGCCUGCUAAGCCCGUAGAUGCCGCGGCAGAAGAAGAGGCACCAAAGCCUAAAGCCAAGAACCCUCUUGAUUUGCUGCCUCCGAGCAAGAUGAUUUUGGAUGACUGGAAGAGGCUCUACUCCAACACCAAGUCCAACUUCCGUGAGGUGGCAAUUAAAGGCUUCUGGGACAUGUAUGACCCUGAGGGCUAUUCACUAUGGUUCUGUGAGUACAAGUACAAUGACGAGAACACCGUCUCAUUCGUCACCCUGAACAAGGUCGGCGGGUUUCUCCAAAGGAUGGAUUUGGCCAGGAAGUAUGCGUUUGGUAAAAUGCUGAUCAUCGGCGGACAGCCACCCUUCAAGGUGAAGGGGCUGUGGCUCUUCCGCGGUCAAGAAAUCCCUCAGUUCAUCAUUGAUGAGUGCUAUGACAUGGAGCUCUACGAGUGGAAGAAGGUAGACAUCACCGAUGAAGCCCAGAAGGAGCGUGCCAGCCAGAUGAUUGAAGACUUCGAGCCAUUCGAGGGAGAGCCUCUGUUGGACGCCAAGUGCUUCAAAUAGAAAGUGGUUGUUCUGCAUCUUGGUGGCUGAUGGAGGAUGGAAUGCAGAAUCUAGCCUUGCUGCUCGUGGGUUCAGUUCUUUGAUCUGGGGAUCUGGGUUCUUCUGCUUCCCUUGACCAAGUCUUGGAGCCUCGUCUUCCCGUGCCUCUUCAGCUCGGAGCAUUUCGAUCCUCAUCUCUGUCCACCGCCAUGUAAUCUCUCACCCGUGAUUCACUGUGUUGAGCGUCUCUGAGCGACUCCCAGGAGGCGGCUAAUGACAUUGUGUUCAAUCGUCAUGGACUCGGUCGGAUCGGACGAGCUGAUUGCGCUUGGUGCCACUUCGUUUGUUUUGAUUGCAAGAGAGCUUUCAGUGUUUACUGCUUCUAGUUCAAGUGUUUCAGAUCCUUUGGUGGAUGACUUCUUCUGAGUUUUGUGCUCUUCUUGUUGUAUUUC